GAGCUCCCGAUCCCUGGCCUGCCUUGGGCACCGAAACCGACGUGUCGCAGCGUAUUCAAGAGGUCUGAGAUGGCCUACUUCUGCCGCUCUCGUUAAGGAAGGCUUAUUCCAUCAUAAGUUGAAAUAUCAAUAUCCAGCGCCCCUCGGUUGCAUCGCCAACGAACGGCAAGUGGCCGAGGCCCAGUGAAAGUUUAAUGUCUCAGUCUAAAUCAUAAUUGCUCGCUCAUAAUGGUUUCCUUUUUUGGUCUCAAGGUUGGGGGUAAGAAGAAGAAGUCUGAGGGCAAAUCCGGCCAAGAGAAGCAGCCGCAGCAAUGGAAGCGCAUAGACCAGAACAAGCUGGGGGAGGGCCAGUUCUUCGGCCAGAACAUCAACCAAAAGGGUGCCGUCAACGGUAGCAUUCGAUCAGUCUCGCGAGCCGGCACGCCCCAGUCGGUCGCCAGGGGCAGGUCUCCGUAUACCAUCCACGACACGCAUAACCUCGCCGCCGCCAGCAUGUACAAUUUGAGUACCCUCGGCCCCGGACGACCGGGAAGUCAAGCGAGCACACACCUCAAAUCACACGCCUCCGAUGCGAACCUGCGGACUAGGUUCGGCGCGAACAACGGCUCGUCGACGAGCUUGGCUGCCCCGGCACCGGGAUUCGCAGCCCGUUUCGGCGCCAAUAACAGAUCCUCGUCAAGUUUGGCCGCGCCGGGACCGGGAUUCGGGGCGCGGUUUGGCGCAAACAACACGUCUUCGCUGAGCCUCGCCCCUGCGGGCUCCGGAUAUGGGUCACGUCCAGGAACCCCCGGCAGGUCCAAACCCUGGGUGAAUCCAUUGGAUGUGCACUUUGUGAGAAGUGUACCGUCUGGCCCGCCCACGCCUAAAACGCCGAAGUCUCCGCUUGUCGACUCGAUGCAGCUGCCGCCGACACCGACCACGGCAAAUGCGGAAACUGGGUCCCUGUUUGGCGAGGAGGUAGACGACAUGGUGGAUGCCGUCAUGGCCACGGUCAAGAAGCGGGAGGAAGAACUGAGAAAGGCAAAAGAAAGGGAGAGGGAGCUCGAGAAGCAGAGAGAAACAGCUCGGCUGGAGAUGGAGAGAUUGGAAAGACAGAAGUCUACGGAGAGUAGUCUGUCUUGCAGGCGUCCCUCGGCUCCACAGCUACAACCUGAGCCGCAACGGGAGACCGCCGACAUUCCGAACAUGCAAGGACAUGUAUUCAAAAGCGACCAUGACGCCACGCCAGGCAGCCGCAGCGGCCCAGCACGGGGUCCCCUGAUGCAUCAAGGACCGCCCCCUACGGGGCCUCCUACCCAUCGUCUCCCUCAGCCGCCAGGUCAAGGUCCGCCCCGUCACGGCCCCCUUGGCCCUUCUGUCGAAACCGACGGUCUCAGCGCGCGAGGAACCAGGACGGAUGGUUUUGGUCCUCCCAGUCCUCGCCUCAACGGCUUUCAUCACGAUUCUCUGCUUCGGAGCGCUGGCCCUCCGCAGAACAGUCCCGCCCUUCCAGGUCACUCCGGGAAAGUCCCUCGCCCAUACCAACUGCCGCCUGUUCAGGGCGCUGGCUCGCUCGGGCCCUUGCCGCAUGCUCUUCAGUCACCAAGUGUUCCGCUCAGCACCCCUAGUAUCGACAACGAACCCUCGCAGAGUUUUGCGCUGAAAAGCCCACAACCCAAACAACAAGACCCAGUUAUGUUCAACACCGAGCCUGAUGCUGCUGCGAGUAACGGCCGAAGCACACCACCACCGGCUACGAGACAAGGGCUGGAGCCAUUGAUUUCCACCUUGGCAUCGCCCUCCACUGUAACCUCUCCAUCGGGCUCGAUUCGGAGACUGUCAAUGGACGAUGAAGUGGUGGAGCAAUUUGCACGGCCCAUUAUCCAGCAUGUCUCCGCGAGGCGGGACACUUUCCAGCUCAACAGCCCCCGCCGACACAGCUUGUCGAUGAAGAUUGAAGAGCUGGAGAAGUCAAUUCUCAACGCCCAGCAUACCCACCACGCGCAAAGGUUACAGGCCCCAGAGGCCAACCGCGCCAGUGCGAGCAGCAGUGUCUACAGCAACGGCAUCAAGGAAGAUGAAGACGACGAUGGGCCCAUCCUCCCGAUUCACCCAGCGCCGCUUCGCAUUCCAUCGCCCAUGCCGCCACAUGUACCAACCCCCGCCGCCGCCGAUCGGCCACAGAGUCCCAUCCGGGCCCCGGCUAGACGAGUGGCUUUACCGCGCCGCCCUGGACUGGAGGAAUACGGCGUGUCGAGCGACCACGUAGCCUUGCGGAACCGAGCGGGGACACCGACAUCCGCAUCAAGGAGCGGCAGCACGGACAACUACAGUUCCCACGGCUCUCCGCCAUCUCGCACCAACACGCCGCAGCAUCGACAUCCUCUCUUGCGUCGAGACCUCGCUCAGCCAAGCCCGGCCCCAACGGUCGACACAUUCGAGCGGGCGCGACCGAGCCCCGUUGUCGACACCGGGUUCAACUUUGAUUUUGGUCAGCUUCCGGGGCUAGCAGCGCCGCCGACGCCAGACUCAUCUAACUGGUCGCUGGCGUCGCCGACCGAGACGGGUCCCGGACAGGUCCCUGCCUCAGAACCUGUGCAGACACACCCCAAGAGCGAACCAUCGGGCAAGUUCACCCGCGCGAACGUCCCACCACCACUGAAUCUCAAAUUCGACUUCUCCCCCGACGCGCCCUCGCGGGACCCAACGUUAGGGCUUUGGACACCACCGAUCCGGUCGGUACCCACCGCAGCGGCGACAGCCGACGGCAGGCCAUCCACGUCUUCUGGGCCGGGGGGAAGUGGCAACGGCGGUAAUAAACUCGCCGCUUCGCCAAGCUUGAUUUCCCAAUUUCCAGAGUAUGUGACGAGAAAUGACGACCGGGCGUCGUUCAUGGGGAUUGGCGUGGCGCGUGGGCCGAGCAUAAGGGAGGUCAGAAGGCCCAAGACGUCCGCGGGUGGGAGAAAGAACCCGGUGGAUUCUUUUGGCACGGGUUUCAUCUAACACUUCCCGCUGGUCCUUGUCACAUGUCGGAUUGGUAACACCAUUUCUUCUAUUUAUACCCUUCUAUUGAGAUACAGUGCAUGUUACAACACAUCCAAAUGAACCUUGCCCCGAUGGGAUGCAGAUGAUGAACAAAUUCACCG